AUGGCGGCUGUCGCAGAAACAGCCGAUAUGACGAUUAUAAAGGAUUCUCAAAUUUUAGUGAAUGUUGAAGAAGCUCUAGCAGAUUUAAUAGUUGUUUCAUAUUGCACAAACGAUAAAAAGUUUCAAGGUGUGCUUCUGGACUCCAAUAAAGGUAACUUACCUUUUGGAGUGUACAGCCUCCAUCCAGCCUUUUCUAAAAAGCCUGAACCGGUCGAUGAGAAAGAUAAAUUACAUUCCGUUAGUCAAAGAUUCACAUAUCAAGAGCCUCAAUAUGCGACUGAAAAUGUACAAAGGUCCAAAAAGCCUGGGCCGAAAGGGAAAUCGCAGCAAAAGAUGACUGUACGACUGCGACCUCGAAAGGUCUUAUGCUCAAAUUGUAAAGGAAUCUGUAACGAAAAUAAUGAAAACGUAGACGUGUCUAAAAAGCGUAAGGUAGAAUCUGAUGACGAUACAUCGCAGUACUCUGACUCAACAAGGGCAGUAAAAAAGUAUUUAGUUGGUGGUAUGCUUAUUCCUAAGUUGUCCAGGUUACAACCAAGUGAAAUCUCAAGUGCCAUCAAGGGUGCACCAAAAAAUUCCAUUAAGGCUAGUGAAAAACAAAUAAGAAAUGAUAAACCCAGUAGUGAGCCAAAAACUGAGGAAAUGGCUUUUGUUAGUGUUUCUGAUGAUAUUGACGGGGAUAAAGACGAAUUAAAAGACGAUAAUGAUAUGUCGUUUAGUUCUAUGUUUUCAAGUGCUAGGACAUUGAAAAUAUGUUUUGGGGAAGGAGAAGGCACUGUAGUUAAAAUACCACCACUUUCAGGAGAUUUUAAUGAAGAUUCAGGUGUCUCAUGUGAUAUGGGAAAACCCACUAAAGCAGCAAAAAAAGCACUUAAGAAAGCAAAAAAACAAGCAAAGAAAUCAAAUUUGGAAGAUCAGUCACCUAAACAUGUUGGUGCGUUGUCACCUCACAAUAAUGUUACAAGUCCAAUGUUAGACCCUUUAGAAAAAAAACAUAAGCAUAAAGUAAAACACAAAAAGAAAUAUAAGAAUCAGAAGAAAAGAGAUGAAAAUACAAGUAAAUGUAUAGAUAGUGAGCAGAUGGACUAUUUCAGUGAUAUCAAAGAACACUGUAUGAAACAAAAGCUUUCAAUAAGCUUAAGAAGACUCAGUAGUCAUUCAAAUGAAAAGAGAAAUGAAAAUGAUACUAUAGAAAGUGGUUCUGAGGACUGUGAUAGUGAAUUGGUACCAGAUUUUCCUGCCACUGGCACAGAGGGAGGUGGAGGAAGAUUGUUAAGGGUUUCUCCUGGGGAUAUUGUUUGGGGUAAAGUGGUUGGAUUCCCAUGGUGGCCUGGCCGAGUUUUAAGUGUUACACCAACAUCUAGAGCCCAUGUAUCAUGGUAUGCUUCAACAACAUCAUCAUUGAUGCCAUGUGAUAGCUUGAGCCCAUUUCUAGAAGAUUACAAGGCACGCUUCAACAAGAAAAAGCGAGGCGCUUACAAAGAGGCUGUCAAACAAGCAACCGCUGAAGCUAAAAGGAACGAAACUCUUAGUGGUGAUCCUUUAGCGAGUCCUACCCACAACUUGGCAACAGUCUCACCCCAACCCAUUGAUGUGUUCUCAUAA